AUGAAAAAUUAAUUUCCUUAAGGUAGUACAAUAAAAGAUGUGUUUGAAAUCAUAGAGAAUCAAUAAGAUUAGGUUGAAAUAUUAAGAAAUAGGAUUAAAUGCAUGAAGUAGUAUUCUACAUUAGGUCCACCUGAUCUCUGUUAUCUUUCAAAAAAGUAUUAAAGCGGCUCUAUUCUUCCCAUAAGCAAAGAAUAGAUAUAAAUAGGAACAUAUCAUUAUGUGCACGGUAUAAACCUCUCCACUCCUGCCUCUGUUUCAGCAUAUAUUAAUCUAAUGAUAAAGAAUAUGGAAGAAGAAAAAUAGACUUUAUUAAAAAGAGGAGAGUGGAAAAUUGUCAAAGGUUAUUUUUGCAUUUUUGACUCAUUUUCAAGGAUAGAUAUUCAUAUUGAAAUCACCAUUCCAGGAACUAUGAAAUUGUAUGGUUUUAAAAUUGAUGGCGAACUAGUAACAAUUACAGAUUAGCUCUGGGAAAGAGCCAUGGUGAGUUCUGGAUUGAGAAGUAUGCAUUAGUAAGAUGUUCCAGCAGGCAAGUACUUUUAAGAAUUUUAAACUUUGGAUCAUUUACAGGAAUAUCUCAAGGCAUUUAGCAAUGUUGUAAAAGAAAUAGACUUACCUUAUGAAAAUUAGGAAGAAGUUGAAAAGCAUUUUGAAUACAGAGGCUCAAAAUCGCUUUAUUUACUGGUAGAAUAUUUGACAAGAAAGAGAAUGUACUAGAUAGCAUUAAAUUUUUUAAUUGAAAAUGUACAUGAAAAUCCUAAAAUGAUUUUACAUUUAAAUUAAUUGUAUAUUUAAAUGAAAUAAUACCCUGAUGGAUUAAAAUUAAUUGCAAAUUAUCUUAUAUAGCAACCAGAUUCUCCUUUAUUAUUAUAUUAAUAAGCUAGAAAUCUAUAUGCUUGCGGAAAGUAUGAAGAUUCUUACCGUAUUACUAACUUUUUAGUAGGAAUUCACAGCACCAGCUUCGAUGUUUGGUUUUUACUUUCUGAAAUUUUUUACAAAAUGGAAAAUUUUGAAUAUUGUUUUGUAGCUCUUAAUCAGGCAUCUAAAUAUGCUAAGAUUUCUCUACGCUAAGAGCAUUUCCCAGAUAAAUAAUGCACUAAUUCUAUGCUAUGCGAAAAUAAUAAAAGUAAUAAAUAGCUAACUCAGCCAAAGGAAUGGGGUACUAUAAGCUCUUUUAACAACAUUUAUGUAAUAAAUAAUAACAUUCCUUUGCUAUUGAGGUAAAAAUAGAAUUAAAAUGAUAAAUAAAAAAUCGCCCCAUAAAACUUAGAAUAAAUUGAUAGUCUAACAAAAUUACAAUCCUCAGAGUUUUGUGAGGAUGAGUUUAAGAUUUAUCAGCUUUUAAUUGAAAUGGAGAAAAAAAUAGGAUGGGAAAACAUGAUUAAACUUCGAACAAACAUAUUUAUGAUCAAUUAAGAUAAUUUUACCUAAAUUUAUGAUAGAUCUAAUGAUUUUCCUUUCAAUAUCUUACACUAAAAUUAAGGCAGUCCUCAUUAAUAAGCUAUAAAUCCGAUGCAUUAAGGCGCUGGACCAUAAGGUUCUAAAUCUCAUCCUUCAUAAGAUAGUUAAAACAGCCAUAAAGCUUCUAAUAAAGGUGAAGAUUAGGUGGCUACAAAUUCAUAAGGAUCAAAUCGCUAAACUAAUAUUUAACAGUAGUAGGCAAUUUAGCAAUUCCCUCCAGAAUAUGAUGGAACUGAUUUCUCUGACGAUGAAGAAUAGCUCCCUUAGUUUUUAAAAGAUGACAAUGAAGACAGCAAAUAAAAAAACUAUGGAAUGGCUAAUAUAAAAGACCCUUAAAUAUAAAAGAAUAUUUAAAGAAAAUUGCAUUUAAUUAACUAAAAGUAGUAAAAAGCAUAAAAUAAUCCAAAGUUUGAAAAGAAUAGCCACAUUACAGAAUUAACUGAAGAUUCAGCUGAAUCAGAACGCGUACAAAAUUUAAAUAUUUCAAACAAGCUGCUUUCAAGCAAUAUUUCUAAUAGUGCCAAUAUACCUGUUGCUUUUGGUAAGUAGAGAAAGAAAGUAUCUGCUUAAAUUAAACCAAGUAUUAAUGAUUUGCUCCCUUAUCCUUAAAAGAGGCCAAUACAUAAAACAUUUAAUGGAGUAUUCUAAAGCUUAUAUGAAGAUCUCAAUUAUUUAAUAAAAUGGUAAAAUGAAGAUAAAAUUAGAGAAGAGCUCCUCAGCCAACAGGAAAGACUUAAAUAUAAAAAGCAAAAUAAUAUUGACAUUAGUAAUCUAGAGGUAUAAAUUAGUUAAUUAGAUUUUACAGCUGAAGUUUGGCUUCUUCGCUCAUAAUUAGCUAUGAGAUUAAAAUUUUAUCCAUUAGCUUAAAAAGGUUUGAGAGAAGUAUUGAAGAAAAACUAUUGCUUUAAUUGCUUUGAUAAUUUGAUUAAAAUAGCAGAAGCUAACGAUGAACCAAAAACGAUGAUUUAUGUAAUUACAGAAUUGCUAGAUGAAAUUGAAAGUUUUGGUGUAAAAUAAAUAAAUCAACUUCCAUCUUGGAUAGAAGACCAUCUCUUAUAAUUAAUAGCAAAAAAGAGUUUAAGAUAGUUUAAAGCCUAUUUAAAUGAGUUGAAAUUUGAAGACCCAAUAAUUAAUGAAGUUAUUAAAAGAGCUAACUACUUUUCGAUUGAAGGAACAACUGAUUUAUAAUAAAUUUAAUAAAAAUAAACUCCUUUAAUGAAUGCUUUAGAUGCCUUUAAUAAUAAUUAACAAAGGUCUCUUAAUUAAAUAAAUAAAACCACUAGUUUGUAUUAAUGA